GCACCUCCACUCUCCACCGGUCCCCCUGGCUUCCCCGCCGCGAUAACCCUUCUGCAUCGCCUUCUCCACCAUUUGACCCCGUGAUUUUGGCUGCUGGCGGCUCCCGGUGGUGUUGAAAAAGUGUGUUAUUGUCUUUGACGAGGUAAUGGAAAAGUGCGGCGUAUUGUUCUGAGUAGAGGAAAGCUAAAUUUUCAGUUUCAUUUUUCAAGGAAGUCGUAAUCGUGGAUUUGGUUGGACUUUUUAGUUUGCGGUGAAAAGAAGUUCACAGGUAAUUGAAAUGAAUAAGCUAAUAGAGUUCGGGAGGAAAGCGAUGUUCUAUGUUAGGGUCCUUUCGGGCUACGAGGAGCGACGAAUUCGAUCUUACCGGUUGCAGCUUGAACAACGCCUCCAAAAGGCCCAAGAAAGGAAGGAAGCUUUGAAACAGGUUCCUGAGCAAAUAAUUUUGUCUGAAGUCAAGCGAAUGGUGGAAGAUAUGCAGGCAUUGAAUAAGAAGCUUGAAGAAACGGAGGCUGCCAUUGAAGAUUAUUUCAAGCCAAUCGACAAACAGGCAGAUAUUAUCAUGAAAAUGCAGCUCGAAGGAGAAGAGAGAAAAAUGAAGGAUAUGAUGCGUGCCAUGCAACAGCAGGCUUUACUAGAGAAGGCUGAAGCCGAAAAAACUGCACAUGGUCAAACUACAGACAUAAAUCAACAAACGGAGGAGAAACAGCCUGCAAAACCAUCUCAUGCUGAACUGAGAUGAUUUGAUAUGCCUCUUUUGUAAUUUCUUUAAUAGACUUAAAAGUAAAAGUUUUUGGCCUCCUUUUUCAAAUCUCUGUCGCCUGCUUGUAUAUUUUUAUAUGAAUUGGCUGUGGUAUUUAAAAACGAAAGAAAGAGAUUUUCAUUACCCAGCUUGAAUAAUAUAGGUGCCUAUCUUGUGUACCGCUGAUGUUAGAACCCUUAAAGAACAAUUACUCAUUAGUAUGAACUGCACGUUAUUCCUCGCUUAAAAUGAUCGAUCUUGUUCAAUGUGGGAUUGAUGAAUACAAUUUCUGGUUCCUGACCUGAUUA